AUGAGUACCAGCAACGGUCAGCUGCAAGAUGGAAAAGGAUAUCCUGAUCGAACAUUUACAACCCGAGUACUUAAGAUCGAUGGAGAGAAGAUUAAAUUCACAGGAAAAGGAAAGGAACCACUAAGGGAUGUUUUGGUGACAAUCGAUGAUACAGGAAGUGAAGAAAGAAUAUCUCUAAUUAAAGCAAGUGAAGCAUUACGAAAAGGUCAUCUAGUAGCCUUCCCUACGGAAACUGUGUAUGGCUUGGCAGGGAAUGCAUUAGACGCAGAAGCAGCAACAAAGAUAUUUCGGGCGAAAGGAAGGCCUGUCGAUAAUCCGCUCAUUGUGCACAUCAGCUCACUUUCAAUGCUGAACCGUCUCGUUCCAGACUCAUAUGAACUAUCGCCGGUCUACAAAACACUCCUCGAUGCAUUUUGGCCCGGUCCGCUUACAUUGCUGUUUCCGGCUGAUGAAGAAAAAGUACCUUCUGUGGUUCGAUGCGGCCUAAAUUCUGUUGGAAUACGAAUGCCAUCUCAUAAAGUGGCUCGAGCUUUGAUUGCAACGUCUAAUCUACCUCUUGCCGCUCCAUCAGCAAAUGUGAGUGGAAAGCCUAGCCCCACAACAGCGCAACAUGUAUAUCACGAUAUGACCUCAUCCACGAAAGAUGAGCAGGGAAAUGAAGUUGUAACAGGAAGGAUACCCUACAUUGUCGAUGGAGGCUCGAGUGAUGUAGGGUUGGAAUCCACUGUGGUCGACGGAAUAACUGAACCAACCGAACUACGGGUCUUGAGACCUGGAGGUGUGACUGUGGAGGCAAUUGAAGAUGCACUACGACAGGCUAAUCUGUUACAGGAAGAAGCAAAUGGACAUACAGUCACUCAAUCAAAAGUGAAGGUUCGGGUAUAUGGACGGGAUAUGGCAAAAGAUUCCAAAGCGGAAGAGAACCCGACCACACCUGGAAUGAAAUAUCGACAUUACAGUCCAGAAGCAAAAGUUGUGGUUCUUCUUACAUCUUCCACUGAACCUUCUUCGCAACAAAGUGCAUCCCGCGUUCUAGCCGCCAAAACAGUCGGUGAAUCUGCUGCAAGAACACUUCUUACCAAAAACGCAAAUACAGUGAUUGCAGAUGAAGUGAAACAAUUCAAAUUGCAAACAGGGAAGGAGCACGUUCAUGUUGGAUUGAUGAGUAUGGAUGAUUCCAAAUUAACGUCUUCGGUUGUCAAGAAUGAUUCCGAGGCUGCCGAGUCCUUUAUGAGAUCUUCUAAAUCUUUCGAAGAUCAUACGGUUUAUAGAUUUUCUUUGGGCGCUAGCAAUUCUCCCAAUGAAGCUGCACAUCGACUUUUUGACGGUUUACGAACAUUGGAUCAAGGUGAUGCAAAUGCAAACAGACCUUCUUGCGAUCUGAUCUUUGUCGAAGCUGUUGCCGAUAAUUUUGGCGUUGGAUUAGCAAUCAUGAACAGAUUGAAUAAAGCUGCCUCUCAGACUAUUCUGAUAAAUGUGUAA